UAGUCGACAAGUAAAGUUGAAGCUGAUUAUUAUUUGCCUUUUGACUGGCAACGCAAUCGGUCGGUUUUUCAUGUUUUGAAACAUUUCUUCUUUUGAUAUAAAAAUUCGGUUACGAACACGGCAACUGGUUUAGCUGCAUUUUGAAAGAGCCGAUUUGCGAAUAAAAAAGUUCAGCAGAAAUUUAAACGACGAAUUGUGUUGGGAUUAUAGUAGUUUUUGAGUGAAAUUGUUUUUUUUUUGUGGAUUAUACCUUACGUUGUGUGCACCAAAAAUUGGACGACAAAAUAUACUCGGACGUUUUUAAAAAGAUCAAUUCGUUAAAAAUUGUGUCGUGCCAUUAAUUGAAUUGAGGAAUUGAUAGUGGAAACAGACUAAGCAAGUGAAAUUCUAAAAUUUUGUCAAUUAUUUCGGAUAUCAUCGAAUCGGAAUUAAAUCGAAAAUAUAAAUAAGGUGUAAUUGCAAUUAACAGCCAUGAAGUUCGAAUUACAAAGUACUCUGUCGGUAGUGUUUCUAUCAAUAAUAAACAUGUGCGUAUGUUUACAAGACAUUGCUGAAAAAACAUUUAACAGUUUAAACAAUGAAGUGCAGCAUACAAAGCGCCAUCAGCAUAAUCAAAAUAAUCAUCAUCACCAUCCACAUCCACAUCGAUGGGGUCAUGAAAAUUUCUUGCUAAUUGAUUAUUUAGCUGACGGUGAAAUGGAACGACGAAUCAGUUAUAAUGGAGUUACAGCCAAAGAAACGAGUAUCGGGAAUAGCAGCAAGUCUCUAAGUCUGUGGCAGUUAUCAAACGGAAUGGCAUUUAUUCAAAUGAUCUAUUCACGCGACGAUGAGCUCAUCGACUGCGAAUAUGUGCGUGAGAGAAGUUUCGUCAAAGGUUUCCUUAAUAAAUUCUACGACGAAGUGGAAACAGCACGAUCGAGAAACUUUUCAUCGCCGCAACAUUACGAUAUCAAACAGUCAAUGAUGUCCGGUGAUCAUGGAUUGCCUUUCGAUUUUCAAGAAGCCGAUGAAAGUGACAACGAUGCGUUUGGAAUGAGGAAUUUGGAAUACAAACAAUUAAGACAGAACGCUGAUGUACCCGAUGAUAUGCUGCCGCUGAUGAAUUACAAAAAUUUAAAACUUCAAUGUGAUGAACGACACCGUCAGAUGAAACGUAUUGUUUACGAUUUGAAUAGUGAUCAUGAGGAGAGCCGAAGAAAUGCCACCGAUCAGUUGGAAAGAAAACGCAGAGAUUUAUCAAGCGAAUUUCUAAGAGUCCCCGGCACAAAGUGGUGUGGCAAAGGAUGGUCAGCUAAAAGAUACACCGAUUUGGGUGGUUUCUCGAAAGCUGACCGUUGCUGUCGACAGCAUGACAAAUCAUGUCCAUUUUGGAUUAUGGGUUUUGAGACAAAGUACGGAUUCUUUAACUGGCGAAUUAACACGAUAAUGCACUGCAAAUGUGAUGAAAGGUUUCGGACAUGCCUGAAAAUGGCUGAUUCAUCAGACGCAACAAUGGUCGGUAAACUGUUCUUUAACAUCGUACAGACAAAGUGUUUCGUUUUAAAGCCAGAACGAAUUUGCAAGAAACGAUCGUGGUGGGGCAAAUGUGAGAAGAAAGUGGUGAGAAAGCGGGCACACUUAAGGGACAACCGAAAGUUUUGAAU